AGUCGAUCAUUCGUUUCUCGUUAAAUGUGGAAGAAGUUGUACACGGUCGGCCAUCCGAUGCGCAUGUAAAACGUAAUAUCAGAAUCAGAAUCUAUUGAAUACGUAUACGAUACCACGUGAUCGAUUCGGUACUUCUUUAACCUUUAAUAUUUGUAAAUUUAUCAAAAUGGUUCAAUACAAAAUCAAGGAAAAGAAAAUAAUAUACAUGAAGCAGUAAUAAUUCAUGAUUAUUUAUUGAAAUAAAACUCCAGAUUCAUAAUGUUUAAAAAAGUAAUUGUAGGUGUGUCUGGUGGAGUUGAUAGUGCUGUAGCAGCACUUCUUUUAAAAAACAAAGGAUUUAAUGUCACUGGAGUAUUUAUGAAAAAUUGGGAUAUACCUAAUGAAACAGGAGUAUGUAAAGUUGAAGAGGAUUAUGAAUAUGCACAAUGGGUGUGCAAAAAAUUAAAAAUUCCCCUUGUUGAAACCAAUUUUGUAAAGGAAUAUUGGAAUAAUAUUUUUAACUAUAUAACAGAAGAAUAUGAAAUUGGACGUACACCAAAUCCUGAUAUUUUGUGUAACAAACAUAUUAAAUUUGACCAUUUUUUUCAUUUUGCUCGGUCUGAACUCCAAGCAGAUGCUAUUGCAACUGGACAUUAUGUUAAAACUAGUUUUGGUCCUUAUCUUGAACAUUUUAAACCAAAUACAAAUGUUCAGUUACUUAAAGCACAAGAUGAAGGAAAAGAUCAGACAUUCUUUUUGUGUCAGGUACCUCAGGAAGCAUUACGAUACUCUAUGUUUCCUCUUGGUGGGUAUUUGAAGAGUAAUGUUAAACAAAUUGCUGAAGAGGCUGGAUUGAAUUUAGUUGCUCAAAAGAAGGAAAGUAUGGGAAUAUGUUUCAUAGGAAAACGAAAUUUUCAGAACUUUAUAUCUGAGUAUAUACCUGAUAAAUCCGGAGAUUUUAUAGACAUGGAAAGUGGUCAAGUGGUAGGAAAGCAUACGGGUUUUCACCAUUGGACUGUAGGCCAAAAGGUUAAACUUCAAAGCUUUCCAAACGCAUACUAUUUAUUCAAAAAAGAUACUACAACAAAUAAUAUGCUUGUAGUAGUAGGAACAAAUCACCCGGCAUUGUAUUCAGAUAUGGUGAAAACGGAAACUCCUCAUUGGAUAUCGGCAGAACCAGCCGAACUUAAUGGCUAUUCUAGGACGUUAAUUUGUGAUUUUCGUUUUCAACAUAGAGAUCCUGUAAUACCUUGUACAGUUUACAAAACUUUAAAUAAUCAAUUAAUAAUCCUACUUAGUCAGCCUUUAAGAGCGAUCACAGAAGGACAGUUUGCUGUUCUAUAUCGUGGAGAAGAAUGUUUAGGCAGUGCCAUAAUUUCAUUCACAGGGCCAUCAUAUUUCUCAUUAAACGAAAAAGUCAAAAUGGAUCAUUACUACAACUAUGGCGAAAACAUGAAAGCACAACAGGUAUGCAGUGUAUGAUAUGCUGACAUAUCGCGUAUUGUAAAUGAACAAAAAAUAAACUAUUCUUUAGUA